UUCAAAGCCGUGAGAGUGUCUAGAGUUAUACCUACACUUAGUGUAUUUAGAGCUCAAAUUGUGCAACUAGUAAACGUUGAACUAUCGCUUAGUAGGGUACGGAAGUCGAGAGAGGCUAAAACUUAAUUGAAAUGGUUUCCUUAAGUAAGCUCCUUAAUCAAGGUCUAAGAGAUGCAAAGUGUUACGAGGUUUUUCAUCCGGGAAAAACAUGUUCUGAGUUUCACUUUGGAAAAUCUCGAAGCCUUUUAAUCAAAUGUGUAAAGUUCUUUUUCCCAAUUGCUACCGUCCCCCUCAUACUUAAGGGAAAAAAUCUUCGAAAAAAACAUGUCCGUGAAGCAUUCGAAUAUUAUAUGGAACUUAUUUUGACGGGAUUUUUAAUUUCACAGCAAGUUCCCAUGGCGUGGUGUUUAGUAAGACGGCUGAGUGGGAAAUUUACAGAGUGUAAUAUUGUAUACCUUCCAAUGACACUUCCGACUUGGACAAUUUUCUUUAUAUCUCCAAGAGUUGCCCGACUUUUUGCUGCUUCCAUAUUUCAAGUAACAUUUGAAGCAGCAAUACGCAAUAGUAAAAACAAAAUAUGUAAGACAUUUUGUAAUUCAAAAACAAUACAAGCUUUAUUGUUUAUGACAUGCAGUGCAUUUGUGCUUCAUACAAUCCAAAACUAUAAUGUCAAAGCAUUUUGGGUUGUCAAAAGUAUUCCUCGCCCGAUUGAAAGUGAUAUUGAUGCAAAGUGUUCACAUAAUGGAGAAUGUUCAAAGUUUUGGCUAAAUGAUCUAGCAAAAAAUAUUUUAAUUGGUCUUUCAAUUGAUGUUUUUAAGACAUUUGUUGGAAGUAUUACAAAAACCAACAGUUUAUUCAAUGCUUUUGGAAACAAAUUGGUCCAUCUAAAUUUUCCAACUACUUUCUUUCUUUCAUCAUAUAGUUGCAUUUACAAGAUGACAUCGUGCUUAUUAAAUCAAAAGUCGGAUAUGAAUGGUGAAUUAAAGCAUAUAAUUGCAGCAUUUUUAGGAGGAAUUUCUUUUUUCACCUUACCCAAACUUACAAUACUCUGUUAUAUAAUUUCUAUUUCUAUCGAAAUAAGUUGGCACCUUUUCGAGCGAAAGAAAUUCAAAAACAAUCUAAAAUAUUUAGAACUAUUGAAGAGAAUUCCAUUUCAUCGGAUUUACACAUGCCUGUCCGUGGGAUACUUGGUUCAAAUGUAUGUUUUCCAUCCAGAAGCUUUAAGUCAAUUGGGACUCGCUAUGGUUUCUGCAUUUACUGGAGAUCAAGCUCCUGAAAUGAAAGCUGUUUUUCACAAUUAUAUUAAAACCAUUAAACACAACAAAUAAGUACAUAAGUAUAAAAUUUAUUAAGAGAACAAAUUGUUAUAAGGAAGCAAAUAAAUACUUUGUAAGAUAAAAUAUUAAAUCUACGAAAUAUGGUUUAUU